AUGGGUCAUAGCUAUUCGCUCAUCUUAAACAUGAGUAAAUGGAAACUACUCAGAAAGAAAAAAAAAUUAUUUCUAUUGUAAAAAAUUGAUAGAGGAGCUAAAAUAAGCUUUUAAAGUAGAGAUACUCUUAAGCCAAGAGAAGACUUAACUGCAGCAUAACCCACAGUACUUAUCAUUAUCCCUAGAGUUUUGAUUAAAUUCUACAAUGAAAUUAAUUAUUAAAUUGCUAAUUAAUUAGCAUUUAUGAGAAAUAAUAUAAAAAGUAGUUAUGAUCAAACUUAAGUAAGCGGAUAAGAAACAGUAGAAUUGUUCUUAGACACAACUUAGAAUCAUGAAGGAGGAAUUGUUGCAAGUGCUUAAUUAAAGCUUUAAGAUGUUCCUAAAAUGUGUUACUUCUCAACUGAUAAUGAUGAAAAUGAAAACCCUAUGCUGAGAGGUGAAAUCUGUAUUAGAGGAUAUACUGUAUUUGUUGGAUACUAACUACAAAGACGAUGA